AUGGUCUCCAGUGGACUUGGUUGGUCUGGAGAGAGUAGCGUCGCAAUUCGAUUGAAUAACAGAAAAGACAGCCAAGGAAAAAAUAAAGUUCUCCCUGAGUGGAAAAGAGACUGUUUACCUAUCUUCAGGUGAAAGAAGUCAAACGCUGGUUAUCACAAUACAAGUUAAGUUAAGUUUCCUUUUUUUUUCUCUCCUAGCACUGUACAUUUGUCUGUUUGAUCCAGUUUUGAUACAGUAGAGUACAAAUUGACUUCAAAACUCUCUAUGGAUGAUACAACCGCAAGUCUAGAGAGUCUGGAGCUAGAUGCUAGAAAAAUCAUCACUGACAAAGAACUUAUUACAACAGCCCAAUUACAGUCAAGUUUGAGAGCUAAUUUGGAAGAAAUAAAAAAGGAAUUGGCCGUCACGGCAGAUGAGAUGAAAGUGGAAAUCAAGCAGGAAAUAAAUUUACUAGCGGGGAAGUUGCAGAAGUUUGAAGAUCAAGUGAAUGAAAUGGACUUUUGUGUAAAAAAUCUAAAAGAUGAGUGUGGUAAAUCACAACGUAGGAUGUUAGAUCUUGAACUUAAACAGAAGACACAAAACCAAUCUUGA